AUGGGAACCCCGCUGACAGGAACGGUCAUCAUUACCGGUGGCAAUGGUCUGCUAGGGUCUGAGAUUGCCAUCGAAAUUGCGAAGAAGCAACCCUUCGUUCAUCUGCUGUUAACGGCACGCGAUAUCAGAACGGACGAUGUUCGGGACCUCACCGGCAAGAUCCGCCUGAUCGGCGCCAGAUCGAUCGAGGUUCUAGCCUUAGAUCUAACCGACCUCAAAUCGGUGGCCAGCUUUGCCAAAAGCACCGUCAACCGGGUGCGAUUCAGAGACAUUCCGCCCGUGACCAGCCUCAUUCACUCCGCUGUCGCAACGUCUUACACCGUGGAUGACCUCACCUCAGACGGAUACGACCCUGUGUAUCAGACCAAUUGUCUGUCUCCCUUCUUAUUGACCAUCGGGCUGCUGGAGGCCUUCCGCGCCGGAGAUGGUACCCCCAAAGGUGGAGCAAAGGUGAUCAACAUCGGUUGCUCGGCCACCUCAAGUGGACGACUGGACUAUUUUGACCGCGACCAUGGAAGAAACGGACGUCAUCUGGGAGACACGCUGAGCGCAAAGGAAGAGAACAUUCGGUUUGGAAGCAGCAAAUUAAUGGCGAGCGUUGCAUUAUAUGCGUUAAGGCGGAGUUUGAUCUGGACUGGAAACAUCUCGUUGGACAUUUUCACCUUGGACCCGGGAGGCAUGACCGGAGCCAGCAACCUGCGAACGGGGGCCCCCAUGUCCGUGAGAGUUGCACAUCAGACUCGGUCUGGUCUUCGGCCCUUCCUUCGCAUGGUAUCCCGAAGCUCCAUGAACAAAGCCAGUGUUCCUGCCAAAGCCAUUGCGAGAGUUGCCUUUCAGAUCGAUACAGCGGAGAACCUUCAGAAGGAACGCUACUAUAUUUUGGACACCGACUACGAAGCCGCCUCGGUCCUCUCGAGUUUACGGAACUCAGAACAAGUAAAGCAAUUAUUAUUACAGAUGAUGCGACAGGUGGAAGUGGAAACGAAAGAGGUCGAGUCCCCUGGUCCUAUCCGACCACGACUGAGCAUGAUUGCACCUCCCAUUGCCCUUUGA